AUGGACGCAAAACCACCGGUAUCACAUUCUUUAUGGUCACCUUAUGAUACAGUACGAGAUGCUGCUGAUUCUCUAGGUAUUACAAUAUCUGAUGAAACAGCUAAAAGUUUGGCUAUGGAUGUUGAAUAUCAUAUUCAUGAAAUUAUAGAAACCGCAGUUAAAUUCAUGAGACAUUCUAAAAGAAGACAAUUAACCACAACGGAUAUAAGUUAUGCUUUAAAAAUACUUAAUAUUGAACCAUUAUAUGGAUAUGAUAAUUCACAACCUUUAAAUUAUAAAGAAACUAUGGUUGGAGCAGGUGGACAAACAUUAUACUAUAUUGAUGAUAAUGAAAUUGAAUUUGAAAAAUUGAUUAAUCAAGAAUUACCAAAAGUUCCACGUCAAGUUAAUUUUACAGCUCAUUGGUUAGCUGUUGAAGGAGUUCAACCUAUGGUUCCUCAAAAUCCAUUACCUAGUGAAAUUAAAAAUUUACCUGCUGUUGUUAGAGGUGCUACUAGUACAAUGUUGGGUAAUGAUAUUUUAAGUCUUGGAAAUAAUAAUAAAAAUGAUGAUUCUGAUUCAACAUCUAAUGGAAAUAAAAAAUCAGGUUCUGGAAAUGGUUCAUCUACUACUGGUAAUACAACAACAACAACGACUGAAAAGGAUUUGGAAAUUAAACCAUUGAUUAAACAUGUUUUAUCUAAAGAAUUGAAAUUAUAUUUUGACAAAGUUGUUGAAGUUUUAAUAUCAACUGAUCCAGAAAAAGAACAUUUAAAAAAUGCAGCUUUAACUUCUUUGAAAAAUGAUCCUGGUUUACAUCAAUUAGUUCCUUAUUUUAUUCAAUUUGUAGCUGAACAAAUUACAAAUCAAUUAAGAAAUAUUGAAAUCUUAUCAACCAUGUUGGAAGUAAUACUGGCAUUAGCUGAUAAUAAAACAAUAUUUUUAGAUCCUUAUGUUCAUGCUUUAAUGCCAUGUAUAUUAACUUUAUUAUUGGCUAAAAGAAUUGGACCAAUAAUUAAAAAUCCUCAAUCUGAAGAAUCUAAAGAAAUUUUAAAAUCUCAAUUAGCAGUAAGAGAAUUUGCAGCUAUUUUAUUAGAACAUAUUAUUAAAGUUUAUGGUUCUUCUUAUAGUACAUUACGUCCAAGAGUAACAAGAACUUUAUUACGUGCAUUAUUAGAUUCUACAAAACCUAUAGGUACUCAUUAUGGUGCAUUAUUAGGUUUAAAAAAUAUGGGUUCUGAAGUUUUAAAAUUAGUUUUAAUUGGUAAUCUUAAAGUUUGGUAUUCUUCAGUUAUUGAAGAAAAUAAAAAUGAAUUUGAAAAGAAGAUUUUAAUUAAUACUGUUUUAGAAACACUUCGAAAAUUGAAAAUUGAUAAUAAAUUAUCCAAAGGUGAUAUAGAUGAUAAUAUGGAUGUUGAUGUAUCUGAUGAAAUUAAAGAUAAAUUAAAAGAAAGAAUAGGUGGUCCAUUAGCUGAAUUAGUAAUUGAACAAUCAGAUGGUAAACAAAUAAUCAAUGGAAUUUUCUUUGGUGAAGUAGCUAUAUAG